AGUUCCUUUAGGAGGGGAAAGAAAGAAUUUGGGUUUUGUUUUUUUUAAAAGAAACGUUCUCACGAAUCUGCAAGCAAGUAGCAGCCGUGUUUCUGUUCUUAUAUAUGAAGCGUGCAGACAUUCCGGGGCGGGGUCUGUGCCGCACCCCCCAAUCUUGUUAUACCUUUCUUGUGGUAUAUAUCGUGGGGGCUUAGAGGUCAAGCGUUCAGAGUUAUUCGUAGCACAUGCAUACAAGAAUAUAAAGGCGACAGUUUAAAACAGGGAACCCAAAAGGACAUGAACAGAAACAUAUGUGCAUAAUGGCUAUUAAAAGUACAGUAAUCUGAAGGCUACUUUCCUUCUUGUCCUUUAACCCGCUUGGAUGCUUGAAGCAGAAAAUCCAAAUGAUGCCCAGCCCAUACAUCAAUCCUGUGUGACUUGCAGUCAAAAGCUCUGAGACGUACAGCUGCAGGAUUGUAAAAGGAAAAUGGAUGCCUAUACAGAGACUAAUGUGACAAUACCAUUUGGAAGCAAAUCUCUUGAUGCUGUUUUCUCCACCCCUGAAAAGAUGCUACCAUAUGCUGUGAUUCUUACUCAUGGAGCAUCUGGUGACAUGAAUUUCUCUCACCUUGUAUCUUUGGCAAACUAUCUUGUAUCUCAUGGAUUUCUGUGCCUACGAUUUACUUGCAAAAGCCUUAAUAUCAUCUAUAGGACUAAAGCAUAUAAAGCAGUUGUGGAAUAUCUAAGAUCAUCAGGUGACUACAAACUUUCUGGCAUUUUUCUUGGAGGCCGUUCAAUGGGUUCACGUGCUGCUGCCUCGGUGACACAUCAAGCCGACCAAGAUAAUGACAGCUUCAUUCAAGGUCUUAUAUGUUUGUCUUAUCCACUGCAUCGACCAAAGCUUCACUCUAAACUUCGGGAUGAAGAUUUAUUGUCCGUUAAGUCUCCUGUGCUAUUUGUGUCUGGAGCUUCAGAUGAGAUGUGUGAUAAAAAACUGUUGGAUGGUGUUGCAAUCAAAAUGCAAGCACCUAAGAAAAUCCAUUGGGUUGAAAAGGCAAACCACAGCAUGGCAGUGAAAGGACGAACUGCAGAUGACAUCUUGUUGGAAAUAAACAUUCAGGUUUUGUCUUGGAUCAAAGAAAUCAUUGAGUAAGAACACAAGCAAUUACCAACUAUUAUGUAGCCUCUGUACUCUGUGAGAGAUUAAUACCUUUUUAUAAGAGUAAAAUGUUUUCAUCAGCCCUGGAGUAAUUUAUUGACAAAUAACAAACUCGGAUAUCUUCUAAAACUCCAUGUUUUGUCCUUGAUAUUUCAUUUCUAAAGUUCAGCGAUUACUGAAAUAAAAUUUGUUUUGCUAUUUUUUAAAA